UGUAUCGCUGAUGAUACAUAUUUCCCAAGUUUUCGCGUAUUUGUAGUUCAAGUAUUGCCCACGAGGGGGCUUCACGGCGUAUUUGAAAAUGGCGGAGCCGAGCUGCAGCGGUAUGGCGAUUAGAACGCGGACGUUCUACGGCCGAUCUUCAAAAAAUAAAGCCCAGUCACCCCGAGACAUUCUCAGCUGCAUGCCAUCGGGCGACGAGAGUGACUUUGGAGAUUUGAGUGACGAUGGUGACACAGAAUACAUUUUAGACACUAGAAGUACCCCUCCUGAUCCUGCCGAGCCUUCUGGAGAUGACUCUUCCGAUGAUGAAAUGGACUCUAGCAGCGGCUCACACUGCGGCACAGGCUCCAUUGACAGAGGCCAUUGGAGGAGGAACCUGCUGGACUGUGCCAUUCCAACGUUCAGCGAAGCUUUUACCAUGCCAGUGACGAUUGAACCAGCUCUGACCUACUUCCGGAAGUUUAUAAGUACGGAAAUCAUCACAUCCCUCGCUGAAGAGACUAACCUGUACAGUACUCAGUCUACUGGACAUUCACUGAACGUCACAGAAGCUGAACUGGAGCAAUACAUCGGGAUAUACCUGAUGAUGGGACUUGUGCAAAUGCCCAGUGUGCGAUGUUACUGGGAAAAUGGGACGAGGUUUCCCGUGGUCGCUGAUGUGAUGCCACGGAACAGAUUUGAGAAGCUGAUGAGACUGAUACACUUCACUGACAACCAUCAAGCCACAGAAGACACAAAACGUGACAAAGCUUGGAAAAUUCGAACGUGGUUAAAUUCACUACAAGAAAACCUCCAGUCAGUCGAGCAAGAACUGAACAGUGUGGACGAAAUGAUGAUUUCCUUCACUGGGAGGUGCCCUAUGAAGCAAUACAUGCCCGCGAAACCCAACCCCUGGGGCAUAAAGCUUUGGGGUCGCGCUGGCUCGUCUGGUUUUUUGUAUCAGUUCGACGUCUACCAAGGCCAAGCGAAACAACACUACCUGUUUGGGUUGGGUGGUGACGUCACGCUUAGGAUGUGCGAGUUUCUUCCACAGCAGAAGGGUUUCAAAAUAGCUGCCGACAAUUACUUCACCAGCUUAGAUCUUGCGACUGAGUUGUCGAAGAGAGGUCUGGGGUUCGUAGGAACGAUCAGAAGAAAUCGGCUAAAGGACUGCCGACUAAAGUCAGAAAACGACCUGAAAAAGGAGGGACGUGGUGCGUUCGAUUAUGCGGUCGACAAUCUAAAGAAUAUAGCGGUUGUAAGGUGGUAUGAUAAUAGAGCCGUGACACUUGUCUCCAACUAUGUGUCCGCUGAACCAGUCGGAACUGUGCGAAGGUGGGACAAGAAAGAAAAGAAGUUCAUCCAAGUUCCACAGCCAGGAAUUGUAGCGACAUACAACCGCUUCAUGGGAGGUGUGAAUCUCCUCAACUACUUGAUUGAACUUUACAAGUUCCCCAUAAAGUCUCGCAGAUAUACCAUCUGCGAGACUUUACCUAUUUUAUCACAGCCUGAUGAUUGCUACAGUGAAUGCUUGGCUUCUGUACCGGCGUCACUGCUCCCAGUUGAACGAGAAGCCUGUCAACCUCCGGCGAUUUCAGGCAAGCAUCGCGGAGUCCCUUAUCGCGGUGGGAAAGAAACCAGUCAAGCGGCCAACAUCUUCAGUGACUCAGCCUGUGAAGAAGCGCAAAGUCGGUGGAAGUGCUCCCCAGGAUGAUGUGCGACUGGAUGGUGUCGGUCACAUGCCCAUCUGGGGCAGCAGCAGGCUGCGAUGCAAGUCUUGUCCGCCAGCACAGAACAGCUUUUCCUACACCUACUGUUGCAAGUGUAACGUAAACCUAUGCUACACAAAAGAUCGUAAUUGCUUUGUUGCCUACCACAUGUGAAAAUGCCAUUAUUGUUUUGGGAGUAAUGCCCACAGUAUCAUUGAUGAUACGAGCUGUAUCAUGGGAAAAUAAUGUGCAAAUAAAAUAAAAAUUGCUUUCGGUGAAACUGGGCACGUAUUUUGAGCAU